AGAGCGUACAGGAAGUAAACAUAAAAAUGGUUCUCAAUAUCUUUGCUCAGCAGCAGUAGAGCAGAACAGACAACAGACGUUUUUUCGCAAUAGUUAAACAUGGACCGCUUUUCAUGGUCAAAUGGUCUCCUGGAAAUAAACGAAACUUUAGUGAUCCAGCAGCGAGGUAUCAGGCUGUAUGACGGCGAUGAUAAGGCUAAGCUUGACAGCGGGGUUGCCUUGUUGAGCACCCAUCGGUUGAUCUGGAGGGACGUUAAAAACCAUGAAUGCUGCAUAGCCAUGCCCCUGUCUCAGAUCGUCUUCUUUGAGGAGCAGGCUGCAGGAAUAGGAAAGAGUGCAAAAAUAAUUAUCCACCUGCAUGCAACACCUGCCAACAAGGAAACAGGUCCCUACCAACAUAGCAAGUACUCCUUCAUCAAGCUGUCCUUCAAAGAACACGGACAGAUCGAGUUUCACAGGAGGCUAACGGAAGAAAUGACUCAGAAGAGAUGGGAAAGUACGCCGGCUUCUCAACCCAUCCCCACAGCAACCGGAUCUCAGACAGGAAGAACACGUGCCGUUGGAAUUGUUGGCAUUGAGAGGAAGAUAGAGGAGAAGAGGAAAGAAACGGACAAAAAUAUCUCUGAGGCCUUUGAGGAUCUCAGUAAGCUGAUGGUGAAGGCCAAGGAGAUGGUGGAGCUUUCCAGAUCUAUAGCCAACAAGAUCAAAGACAAGCAGGGAAACAUUACAGAAGAUGAGACCAUCCGGUUUAAGUCCUAUCUGCUGAGUAUGGGUAUUGCUGACCCUGUUACCAGGGAAACGCAUGGAUCAGGUACACAUUACCAUAUGCAGCUAGCUAAGCAGCUGGGAGAUAUGCUGCAGGUUCCUCUGGAGGAGCGCGGGGGUAUGAUGGCUCUCACUGAGGUCUACUGUCUCGUCAACCGUGCUCGAGGGAUGGAGCUUUUAUCUCCGGAAGAUUUGGUCAACGCCUGCAAGGUGUUUGAGUCGUUGAAGCUCCCAUUGAGACUACGUGUGUUUGACAGCGGCGUGAUGGUGGUCCAGCUGCAGUCUCACAGCGAAGAGGAAAUGAUAUCCUCAGCGCUGGACAAUGUGUCCGACAAAGGCUCGUUGACGGCAGAGGAGUUUGCGAAGCUCUUGGGUCUCUCCGUACUUCUCUCUAAAGAACGGCUGCUGCUGGCUGAGAAGAUGGGCCACCUGUGUACAGACGACUCUGUGGAGGGUUUAAGAUUCUACCCGAACCUCUUUUGACUUUGUCACAAUGGAUGAAAUGGAGGAAAAAAAAAAAACUAACUUUAACUUCGCUGCACAGCCUUUGCUGAUAGACCACUGCAGCGCCGCUACAUGAGCCCGCCGGCGCCAACGUACCUGAUAAAUCUCGUCAUUCUUUUUUAACGGUUGUUCCCGGUGGGUCUUAACGGAGGCUUUUCAGGUCCAAGAGCUACAGCUCUGCUCAGAUGCUGUACACGCAGCACAGUGUUCCCUGAUUCUGUUCUUCUUGAUUCAUGUGCACUUAGCAAUAAAUAGGUUUGGGGUAAUUGAUAUAAUCCUAUUAUAUCCUGUGUACAUUUUCUUUACUCGAUCUUGCGGCACAAAUCGUAAUAACUAAAUGAAUAAGGAAUGACCCUUUUGUCAUGCUGUCUCAUCUUCUGAGGAGGGACAGAACAUGUCCAGAGGUGCAGGUUAAAGUGAAUUUUGAAAACCAUGCUGCAUGUCAUCUCAUUUUGGUCUCUCAAUCCUGUCCAUCAAAAGGAAUUCAUGUCCCUUCACUCUUGUUCACUGAGAACAAAAAUCCAAAUAACAAAAGUCCUCAUCUGCUGUUCGUUUGCUCCACAGUGAAACAAAUUGUUGCCAAAUGUCAUUAUUCAGCGACUUAAUCCUUUUAUUGUAAAGGUUGUGUAUAAAGGCCAAGCAGAAUCCGGACUGAGGGGUAAGCCCCCUAUUAAUGCACUUGUAAAAUCACAUGUCUACUUAAGGUAAAUCAUAUUAAGAGUAACCACAUAUUGUAAGUAGCCCCAUGUCUCAAAGAUUGUGUCUACUUUAAACCCCUGUGUUUCCCUGAGGAGCUUCUUGCGCACUUAACAAAGUCCUUUGUUCCCGUUGUGGCACUGAACUGAACAGUAAAGGGUGUUUCUUUUUCAGAGAAGCUUCCUGUUUUCAGCUGUCUCUCUCCCGAGGAAAUGUGAAGGUCUGCAAAGCGUUACUGCCGAUUAGAUUAGCCUGCCAUUUAUCCUUAAGUCCUACUCCUACUUGUUGUUGGAGCUGAACUUGGACAGCUCUAAUUGUUAUGAUCAGAGAUUCGUGGGUGAAAUUCAAUUAUUGGCGAACAUUUUACGAGACAAAAUGGGUCCUGUUCUUGCAUGCUGAGAUGGAUUUACUCAGCGGUGCAUUUUAAGUGAAUCCCUGAUGCUGAAUGGCUGAGUGUCGUUGGCUUAAAUCUCAGUAAGGACUCCUUUCAUCUAUAGAAAAUGGAAGCAGACACCGUCAGUUAUUUUAUGUGGGGGUGGGGGGUCAUGUGAUGGUUUGUGAUGAGUAGUUCUCUGUUUUCUGUCAUGCCAGCAUCGUUUAAAAUGUUUUAUUUUCUCAACCUGCCUCCUGGGCUAAUAAAGAUACACACUGCUA